UGUGCUAGGGUAUAAAAACGACAUUUCAAUCAGUAUUCGCCCCGAGAGCGCGGCGAAUUUAGAAUACUUGAACAAGACACCAAAACCAAUACAACAAUUUAGACGAAUAGCUGUAAAACGGAAGGCAAAACUAUUGAAAGAACAAUUCAACCUGGACUCUGUAGUUGCAUAUGUGUGAGUGCUUAUGUGAGCCUGAGCCAAUCCAACUAAAACAUUUCCAAGCAACAAGAGCAAUAGCAAUAUAACAGCAACAAAAGCAUCGAACAACGAAUAUCGACGAUACCAAGAAGACGAACUGUGGCAAAGUAUUGAAACCCCAGCCCAAUCCAAACCAAAACAAAACAAAACCGAACAGAACACAGAACACAGAACACAGAACCCAGAGCGAACGCAGCGACUUUAGUGUAAAUCCAUUGUAGGAGUGUGAGCGGUGUGCAUUAGUGUUGGUAAUUGUCUGUUUACAGUUCACAUAAGUAAUAAAGUAAAUUCUACAACAAAAGCAAACAAGAAAAACUUCUGUGUGAAAGGAAGGCAAAAACUUAGCGAGCCAAUAGACGAUCCACGUACGCACACAUACACACUACAAUUGCCAGCGUCGCCUUUUACUUUGUUUGUGUUUGUGAGUGGCGAAUGUUUUGCCGUUGUACGCAUCGCAAAGGUAGCAGCAGCGACGAAAGUAGCCGAGCCAAAGCAGAAGCACUGAACCAUUACGCAGCGACUUAACGGAGGAAACGACUGCAUUCACCACUAGUAGUCGCAGUCAGARAAGCAUAACAGAGUUGGAGAUAGGGUUUGUGUGUUGAUUAGGUAGAACCAGGUAGGACAAGAGAACGAAGAGAGCUAAAUUCGCGAUAACUGCGAGCUCUGUAAGAGAAUAAGGCUUCACCGAGACUGUUGGCAUCUUAUGAUGUCAUCGGAAGAAGACACAGAGUGUUUCGGAUUGUAUAACGAUGAUAAGUUACUACUAAAGGCGUCCACAGCAGCAUCAUUAUCCAAACUGGCAGAGCCCUCGUCUUCGCCGCCGUUACUGGAAUUAGAAACCGRUUGUGUGGUAAAGCAAGAAACACCAUUACUAUUGCCACCCCCAACACCACCAUUACAAACGGCGAAGAGCGCAAAAAACAACACCAACCAAAAUCACAAAAACAAUAGUAAUAACGCCAACGUCUGUAGUAAUAAUAAAAGCAAAAUCAACAGCAUUAACAGUACAACUGGCAAUAGUACGGCUCUCGAAGAGACACACGAAAGCGACCUUAUCGAAGACGACAACGUCAGCGGUGGCGACAACAACGACGACGACGAUAACGACGUCGUAGUCAUACUCGAAGGUGUCGCAAGCAGCACCGAGGGCACCCAUAAUARCCAGAGACAGAAUCGCCUUCGUAACAGCAGCCGUAGUCGUAGUCGAAGUCGCAGUGGCAGCAGUGUCAGCGGCAGUGGCAGCGGUAGUGGCAAACAACAAGUCGUGCAAGUCGUGCAUGUCACUGAGCGAGCAAACGAAAGUAGUCCGUGUGGUGCCGUCAACAAGGCAAUAACGUGCACCGCUAACUUAGCAAUACGCUCAAAGUCAGUAUCUGUAGGAAUAUCAUCGUCGAAGUCAAAUAAAAAGAACACGUCCUUAUCGUCAUCGAGUGAAUAUCUUGUUAAUAAGAACAGUAACAGUAGUAAUAACUGUUCCAGUGCUAAUAAAAUAAACGUAAACGGUAAUAGUGUUUUAGGUCUAGAAUCGAAAUUAUUUUCGGGAUUCCAAGAUAAUACGAGUCCAACGCCGUUGUCAUUACCCUUGUCGGUUUCGCCAACGCCGUCAUCCCCGCUCUUGCCGCCAACAGCGACUGCCUUCAUGAGUAGUGCUGCUGCGGCUGUUGCGGGCGCUGCUGGAGGAGCUCUCUAUGGAGCCUUAUUGAAUCAGACAACUUCGUCGUCCAAUAACACGCUUAAUAACAGCAACGCUACUGCUGGUAAUAAUAAUCCACAUAACAGUGCAAACGUUUCCGUAUCCGCUUCCUCAUCGCCAACAGCAUCGUUGCUGUCCGGUAAUUUUACAGCGGCUCUUGGCAGCCUCUUCACAGCAAACGGUUUCGGUUCAGCAAAAAUGUUGAAUGAGUUAUUCGGUCGACAAAUGAAGCAAGCACAGGAUGCUACAAGCGGCUUACCCGCUACUUUAGACAACGCCAUGUUAGCUGCGGCAAUGGAAUCGGCCACCAGCGCUGAACUGUUGAGUGCAGCAGGCUUGGUGAAUAGCUUAGGCCUCAACGCCACCAGCAAAUUGCUCAAUAAUAAUACAAUAAACAGUUUGAAUAGUUUAAGCAAUGCCAAUGCAUCUGCAACGUCCGCUCUUAAUAAUGGCAAUGCCAUUUCUGAUCACCAAUCGUUAAAUGCCACAUCUGCCUCUCAAUCGCCCAAGAACCGACGAGUUAGCAAUUGUAGUGAUCGAUCUUUGGAUGAAGUGAACUCGCGAACUGGUGAUUUGUGCUCUCCACCUCGUGCACCUUCUGCCAGCUCAACAUCUGUGGCGCUCGGCGCUGUGAAUUCUUCCGAAAGAACCUCACCAAAUGUUCARCAACAGCAACAGCAGCAACAACAACAAAAUGAGUUAGCUCACCAUAUGCUAAGAAAUAUUUUGCAAGGUAAGAAAGAGCUCAUGCAGCUCGACCAAGAGCUACGAUCAGUAAUGAAUCAACAACAGCAACUCGCAGAUAAUCAGAACACGCUAAAGCAUAACAAUAAUAAUUUGUCCGCUAACAAUAACAAUAAUUUGGAAGAUAAAGAAUCGAAUAAUGUAAUCAAUCUAUUGGAGGACACCAUGUCUGACAUUAAAAUUAAGUGCGAGCCCAAUCAGUUGCCAAAUAAUUCUGACUCUGCGACUGCAGAAAGUAGGAAGUCAUCUGAUUCUGACGUUGCCGAUUCUCAGCAGGAUGAAGACCAACAGUCUGAGGGCGAUAACAUGGAUCAACAGCACAUGGAUGAGCAGGAUGAACAACCGCAUUCAAACCUAACGGUGGGAGUAACUAAAAAGGAGGCUGAUGACAUCCUAGAAGAUGUAGAAUUAAUGGGUCUGAAUUCGCGGUCCGAUUUAGAGUCAUUGGCCUCACCUAGCCAAUCUGAGAUGAUGCUCUUAGAGAACAGUAAAGAUGAGUUAGAAGAGGAGCUUGAAAAGGAUGUCGCUGCUACCAUGUCUAAAAAACCAGGAAUGGAUAUGAAAAGAGCCCGAGUCGAAAACAUUAUUACCACAAUGCGUUCUAGUCCAUCGUCCCAUCAGUCGCACUUGCAAGUUAAUGGAUGUAAGAAACGAAAACUAUAUCAACCGCAACAACAUGCAAUGGAACGAUAUGUGGCUGCUGCUGCGGGUUUGAAUUUUGGUUUGAACUUACAAAGUAUGAUGUUGGAUGAAGAAGCAUCCAAUGAAAUGGAAUCACCACAAAUUCAGCAAAAGCGUGUGGAGAAAAAUGCGCUGAAGUCACAGUUGCGUUCAAUGCAGGAGCAACUGGCUGAAAUGCAGCAAAAGUAUGUGCAAUUAUGUUCAAGAAUGGAGCAGGAGUCAGAAUGUCAGGACAUUGAUGAUACCGCAAGUGAUAGUAUGGAACAAGAUGACAAUGGAGGAGAUCUCUCACCAUCGCCAUCCCUGACCGGUGAAUCGGGUUUAAUUGAUAARGUUCAAACGGACGCAGAACGGCCGAGUUCUACUUCGCCCAAUUUACCAAUAAAAUCUCGCAAGCACUUAACCUCACAAAAUUCYAUAGCGCUGGAUAACGCCCCGAAUGUGCUAUCACAAAUGAUGAGCAAAAUGAUGUCAUCGCGAUCACUCGUAGGGCAUCCACAUAUGCAGCAGUCGUUUAGCGGUCCAUUGCCAUUGCUGCAACAUAUGCCACAAAUGCAAGGUGACGCCGGAGCUGCCCAUUUGUCUCAUCCCGCCAUAAGUAAUGCUGCCGCUAUGUACCUGGGGCAACAGUUUCUCUUUGAGCAGGAAGCACGUAUGGCAAAGGAAGCUGCUGAGCAGCAAGAAAGACAACAACAACAACAACAGCAACAACUACAGCAGCAACAACAACAACAGCAGCAGCAGGAGCAAGAGCAACAAAGGCGAUUUGAACAAGAGCAACAGCAACGUCGUAAGGAGGAGAAACAACAACAACAACAACAGCAGCAACAGGCCCAGCAACAAGCUGCACAACAACUUCAGCGCCAACAUCAGUUACAACAGUUGCAACAACAGCAUCUGGAGCAAACCACACCUACUGUCUCUAUAAAUCAAACAACCCGCUCACAGCUACAUCACAAUCGGCUCAAUCAACGUCAUGGCAACCACUCCUCUCUCAAAUCAGAACUGUCAGAAAAAUUCAAUAUGUUGAGAUCCAGUUCUAAUUCGAUUAUGCGUAUGUCCGGAUCAGAUCUGGAAGGACUUGCUGAUGUAUUAAAAUCUGAAAUUACUACUUCGCUAUCAGCAUUAGUUGACACGAUCGUUACACGAUUUGUUCAUCAACGUCGUCUAUUUAGCAAACAAUCGGAUUCAGUAGCUGCAGCUGCUGAACAACUUAACAAGGACUUGCUUAUGGCAUCCCAAAUACUCGACCGCAAGUCGCCACGUACUAAAGUUGCAGAUCGUUCUCAUUCUAAUGCCAUCAUCAACAAUAAUUCAAAUAUUCCUAAUUCAGCGUCAGGACAGCCUGUUGUCAGUGGAAAUUCUGUGAAUACUUCAUCAGUCCAAUCAGCGGCAGCAAUAUUUCAGGCACCAAAGACACCACAAGGAAUGAAUCCAGUCGCUGCUGCUGCACUCUACAAUUCUAUGACCACCAGCGGUCCUAACCAAAUGAACCCCUUCUGUAUGCCAGAGGCUCGUGAUGUACAGCAGCAGCAGCAACAGCAGCAGCAGCAACAGCAACAGCAACAACAACAGCAGCAACAACAACAACAACAACAGCAACAGCAGCAACAACAGCUGGAGCAAAACGAGGCCCUCAGCUUGGUUGUAACGCCAAAGAAGAAGCGACAUAAGGUGACAGACACCCGAAUAACACCACGGACAGUCAGUCGCAUACUUGCCCAGGAUGGCGUUGUACCUCCGAAUUCAGUAACUGCCAACAGCAUGUUAGACGGCGGCAGCAAGUUCGUUCCCAUGGUUGGUCAACCCAACCAACAACAACAGCCCAAUACGAAUCAAACGAAUUGUAAUGCGCCAAUCGUUGGCAGCAAUAGUGCCAACGUCACGCCAGUUAACGUSAAUGCUACCGGCAGUAUCGGCAAUAUCGGCAAUAAUAAUACGACGCCUGCACAAAGUCCUUCACCACGUGCUCAAGCGCCCACCUAUCAUCCGCCGCCACCACCACCACCCAUGUUGCCCGUGUCAUUGCCUACUUCUGUGGCAAUUCCCAAUCCAUCGUUGCACGAGUCGCAAGUCUUCUCACCCUACAGUCCAUUCUUCAAUCCUCACCCGCCGCAUGCGCCACCACCACCCCCGCAUGGUCCACACAGUGGUGCUCACAACACGCCAACAGCUGCCCAAAUGCACCACAUGAAGAUGUCAUCCAGCCCACCUGGCCUUGGCGGGCUAAUGGACUCGCGCGAAUCACCGCCACUGCCUCAUCCGCCCUCCAUGCUGCAUCCUGCCCUAUUAGCUGCUGCCCACCAUGGCGGCUCUCCCGACUACAGCGCGCAUCUACGUGCAGCCAUGGAUGCACAAGACCGCAAUUCGGACUGCAACUCCGCUGAUAUGCAGUUUGAUGGAAUGCAGCCYACAAUAUCAUUCCUGAAGCAGCAAAUGAUCAAAAAUAGCGACUCCUUGACUCCACUGCACUCGUCAACAUUAACACCAAUGCACCUGCGCAAGGCGAAGUUGAUGUUCUUCUGGGUCCGCUACCCCAGUUCAGCAGUACUGAAGAUGUACUUCCCAGACAUCAAAUUCAACAAGAACAAUACAGCACAAUUGGUGAAAUGGUUCUCGAAUUUCCGAGAAUUCUACUAUAUCCAAAUGGAGAAGUACGCGCGCCAGGCGGUUACUGAGGGUGUCAAGUGCGCCGAUGAGCUUCAUGUUGGCGGGGACAGUGAGUUGUAUCGUGUUCUAAACUUACAUUACAACCGCAACAAUCACAUUGAGGUACCGCAAAACUUCCGCUUUGUGAUAGAACAAACGCUGCGGGAAUUCUUUCGCGCCAUUCAGGGUGGCAAAGACACCGAACAAUCUUGGAAGAAGGCAAUUUAUAAAGUCAUAUCUCGCAUGGACGAUGCAGUGCCCGAAUAUUUCAAAUCUCCUAACUUUUUGGAACAAUUGGAAUAAGAGGAAAGUGAACGCAAUCGCGUUAUUCACAUGCUUCGCACAAAUUUAAAACGCAAAUCCAAAUCAAAUAAAUCUUCGAAACUUUUAACGACAGGAAUCACAACAACAACAGCGCUUGCAACAUCAGCUGCAGCAACUGUGCAUGCAACAACCGAACCAAUGACAACGUUUCCAACAAACGCAGUUACAGUUACGCCAACUAAUGCCUCAGCAAGUGUAACCAGCAUAGCUGCAGGCACAGCAUACCAACAAAAUUUGACGAGUAUAAAUUAAGUUGAACCUAUCAGUUUUGGUUUCCCACCCURAUUAUAAAUCAUUUUAUAUGGAAAUACGAAAACUACUGCGCGAAAUUUUAACAUGACGAUAAUUUAGAAACCACUAAAACACUAAGUAUUAAAAUUGACGACGAAACUAAUCGAUACUAUACGAGUGCGUUUAGGCUUUUAAGGAAUACGAAACAUGUAUGUUAUAUUCAUAUAAUGAUGUGGGGGAAGUAACGCCUUUCCAACUGAAACGCAAAAUAUAUGAAAGGUGUGCCCGAACCAGGUAAUAAUGAAAUUUCGAACGAACAAAUUUUGACGAAUAUAACUAAAAUAUUUCGACAAUACGAUGAAGGUAAUUUAACAAAAUGCUGCAAGCAAAUCCUAAAGUAAACUUCGCAAAUAUUUAUUAUUUUCUUAACUCUCGAAUUCAUUCUCGCAACGCGAAUUGCGUUCACAAAAGUAAAAUAAGCAAAAUAAGAGAUUCAUAAAAGCAAACGAAAGAUCCUAAUUGUUAACGAUUGUUGGAUAUUUUGAAAAUGAAGAAAUUCCACCUUAAUUUUAUUACCAAACAUUGAAACCACAAUUUUUUAACGAUGCAUUCCAGUUCUUCCCUUCGAAGAAUGAAACUACAACUUUAGCAAUAGAAGAAUGUACACGCCUCCCAAUACAUACAUACAAAAGGGUGCAUACGAUUAUGCAUUACUUACUACACUUGCAUAAUCCUAUAGAAAAAACAAUUGCCUUAUAUGAUGUAAAUCGGGUAUUGAGGACCACUGAGAUCAUUCUUAAAUAGACACCACAAAAAUCAAAACAGAAAACGCACACAUAUGUAUAUSUACAAUUUUUAUUUACAUCAGCUAUAACCACAACAGUGUAAACUGCAACUGCUGGUAGGGGCGAAGAUAUGAAUUCGGACCAUAACUUAUUGCGUAAUUCUGAGAUUUAAAUCAAUUUUACCAUUAAAUAUAUUGUUAUUAAGUUUUGUUUGCAAGUCAUGUUGCACUACACACACUAAUAUACAUACAUCCAGUUCAUACGCAUAUAUACAUACAUACAUAUAUGAACCGACAUACACACUAUGCCUAUGACAGGCAACAUUGAUAAUUUAAUAGCGUAUAUGUAUAUACAUACCUACAUUGGUAAUAAAAUAUAUAGCAGUAGGAUUUAUUAGUAUUACCAGCCAGGGUCAAUACUAUUACACCCUUGAAACUAUUUAUUUGCAAAAUCUUCACGAGGAACUCGAAAAAUCGCAGGAAAUGUACCCAACCACAGUUCACUGGGAAACACCGA